AUGCCAGGCUUUGAGAGUACGAGGACUUUGCAAUCCGCGUUCGUUCAUUGCAGUCACAGCGAUAUAUGGACGAAUCUCAACACCUUGCCAUCAAUUCUUUCACAGUUGUGGCAAUCGUCCGCUCGAGUGCUUAUAUCAAGAUACAGACCUGCUACGACGGAAAACCGCUGA